CUUCCCAAAUAGCUGGUCAGUUCAGCUUCCGCCUGACUGCAUCGCACGUGGAAGUGUGCCGCGCGUCGACGUGGAGAUGCUUGCGACCAUCUUUCUGUUAUUCGGUUUGGUGUCAUGUGGGGCCCAACUUGGAGACAACAGUAAAGGCAGACGAAUAAGGAAUCUGGAUUCGAAUGGAAUUCCGAAAGCCGUGGAGGAGUUCAGCAACGAGGCCCAGCUGCCGAGGUUCGCGGAGCCCAUUCCCAAUGUGACGGUGACGGUCGGCAGGGACGCUCUGCUAGCCUGCGUCGUCGACAACCUGCGCGGCUACAAGGUGGCCUGGGUACGUGUCGAUACGCAGACCAUCCUGUCGAUCCACCACAACGUGAUCACGCAGAACCCGCGCAUCUCGCUGUCGUACAACGACCACCGCUCCUGGUACCUGCACAUUAAGAACGUGCACGAGACGGACCGCGGCUGGUACAUGUGCCAGGUCAACACCGACCCAAUGCGCAGCCGCCAGGGAUACCUACAGGUUGUCGUGCCGCCCAGCAUCGUGGACCGGGAGACGAGCACGGACAUGGUGGUGCGCGAGGCGGCGAACGUGACGCUCACGUGCAAGGCGGUCGGCUACCCCGAGCCCUACGUCAUGUGGCGGCGAGAGGACGGGGACGACAUCAACUACAACGGCGACAGCGUGAACGUGGUGGACGGGGAGGUGCUGACCAUCACCAAGGUGAGCCGGCUGCACAUGGGCGCCUACCUGUGCAUCGCCUCCAACGGCGUCCCGCCCUCCAUCAGCAAGAGGGUGCUGCUGCGAGUGCAGUUCCCACCCAUGUUGUCGAUACCAAAUCAACUAGAGGGAGCGUACAUCGGACAGGAUGUGACGCUGGAGUGCCAUACAGAAGCCUAUCCGACGUCCAUCAACUACUGGACGACGGAGAAGGGUGAUAUGAUCGUCUCCGGGUCCGGAGACAAAUACGAGGCUGUGUCGAUGGACAACGGCUAUAACAAGUACAUGAUGCUGAAGAUCCGCAGCGUAAGCAAGAGCGACUUCGGCUCGUACAAGUGCGUCGCCAAGAACUCCCUGGGGGAGACGGACGGCGUAAUCAAACUGGACGAGAUUCCUGCGCCGUCCACUACGUCUACAACCACGGACAUCUCCGUGACCAAACCUAACACACUUCGGAAAAAGAGCAUGGACGACGACGAGUUCACGCUGGCGUCCCCGGGCCUGCCCACGGUGCGCCGGCCCGCCGCGGCCACCAAGGCGGGCGCCGCCCCCGCGCUGCCGCCG